UUCUCCAUAGUUUUUAAUGCUAAACAAUCAUGUUUUAUGGUUUCUUUUACGCCUGUUACGUCAGGUUAGGGAAAAUGUGACUGGUAGGAAUUCCCCACGCAUCAGCUUUCCGUAAGAAAAAAAUAAGAAAAAAAACUGUGUAACCUUUCGUCAAGCACGAGAAAGUAGUGAAACUGGAGUUGCCUCAGUCGUUGUACUGUACCGAUGAUGUCGAGCUUUCAUCUCACAUUUGAAGAAUUACAUCUUUUUGGGGGAAUAUUACCAAGAUGUUGAUAAGUGCCUACUGAAGAUAUUUGGCUACUGUCCGAUGUUGAUGAAGCCAUCAUUCAUGAGGCGUAAAACAUUGGAAUUUUAAACGUCUGACGCUAGGCUAUAAGAUAAGGACUAAAGGCAGGCAUAGAUGCUCCAGACGCAGCAGGCCCCAGGAAGAGGCUGCCUCCAUCCAUCUGUGCGGCUCUUCUCUGAUUCCUGGGUCUCUCAUUCUCACUUUGCACCACACCUUAACAGGGACCACAGAGAAAAGAAACAAGAGUGAGGAGGCCACUGGAUAUUCUCAAGAAGGGAAGCCAUUUUGUUUUGACCCUCAGUAUCACGGACCUCUCAACCUUUGGUUCAAUCUGGUGGUUUCCUUGUGAUUGGACACUCCCUAGAGGGGUAGGAAAUCACCCUCCCCGUCUGUCCGUCUGCGUCCUACCUUCGGACCUCCAUCACUAUGGCGACCUCGGUGCAGCCCAACGAGUUGGUGUUUGAGUUCGCUAGCAAUGGGAUGGAUGAGAUAAACCAGCUGGAUGAUCCGUCCGUGUUCCCAGCAGUCAUCGUGGAACAGGUGCCCGCUGCUGACCUCAUGCAGGUCUACUCGGGCAUGGAGUCGGACGAGGUGACCAACGGCAUUAUGGUGGACAACACUGUACAUGUGAUGGAGGAGCCCAUUAUGGUCGGAGACGUGGGCCUCUCAGUAGAAAGGACGGUAUCGGGUACAGAGGAUAACAUGGAGACCAAUGAGGCUGCGGCAGCCCUUCUUAACAUGGAGUCACCAAACAACAUUCUGGAUGAGAAACGCAUGAUUCAUACGUACGGGACCAUGUUGGAGUCUGACUACACCUACAUCCACCUGCGGCCGGAGCCCAACGGCUGCAUGGAUGUAUCGCUGGACGAUGAAACAUCCUCCAUGGACGAGAUCCCUCAGAAGAGCGUGUCCAAACCACAGAGGAAAACCAAAAUGCGCAAGCCUCGGCCGGUGCGCCCCUGCUCCCCCAUUACCACUCCCAACCUACCACUCAAGAAGAAGAGCAAGGAGGGCAAAGGGAACACCAUCUACCUAUGGGAGUUUCUCCUGGCCCUGUUGCAGGACAAGAACACCUGUCCCAAGUACAUCAAGUGGACACAGAGGGAGAAGGGCAUCUUUAAGCUGGUGGACUCCAAGGCCGUGUCCAAACUGUGGGGCAAACACAAGAACAAACCUGACAUGAACUAUGAAACCAUGGGCAGGGCACUCAGGUAUUACUACCAGCGUGGUAUCCUGGCUAAGGUGGAGGGUCAGCGGCUGGUCUACCAGUUUAAAGACAUGCCUCCCGACCUAGUGGUGAUUGACGACGAGGACCCAUGCCCCGACCUCACAUCUGGCUACGGGGGCCACCGCCCCAGCCACCACGGCCGGGGAGGCUCCAGAGGGGGGCAGGGUAAAAUCCAUGCCCAUGGGCACCGUCCUAUAUCGGUAAAACAAGUGAAGAGAGAGCCCAUUGAUAUGGAUGGAGGGCUGUAUCAUGAGGUCAAUGGUAAACAGGCAGAACACAUGAUCCAGACGGUCCACGUGCUGCAGCCCAACCAGAGGGCGGCUGUGCCGGCCUCCACACACACUUUGAGGACCAUCAACAUGCCUAACUCCGUCCCCAUGGUCCUGACGUCUUCUGGCCAGCUGCAGCCCCUCCUGUCCAACGGUGACUCGUCCAGCCACUCCUCCCAGCCCAGGGUCAUCCUCCACACCGUCCCUUCUACCACGGCGGGGGGCAAGGAUGUCCUCACCAUCCAGACGGCCUCCCUGGCCACUGGGAUGGGCAGCCUCCAGGAUCACCACCAGCACCCCCAGUUCCUUGUCACCAGCCUGGGCUCCACUACCACCACAGGGGUCCUCAGCUCCACCACUGCCUCCCUCAACGGCCUUCCCCGCAUGGUCACUCUCAACACGGCCACCGGUCAGACCAUGGUGGCCCAGCAGCCGGGGACCGUCAUUGCUACGGUCCUCAAGUCCUCCAGCGGUGGCGAGCUCCUCCAUGGCCUGCACGGCAUCAAGGAGGAGAUGCUGGACCCCUACUACCUGCAGUCAUUGGUUAAUGGAGACCCGUCGUUUGGCAAGGAGGAGAUGGAGGCAGGGGAAGCAGAGCUCACCUACAGGACUGUGAUCAUUGGGAAGAACCAAAGCCUUGGACCGAACCAGGGGGAGACUGGAAGCGAGUCUCCAGUGAACGGAUACUUUUCCCAGGGAAGCAGCCCCAGUGAGGGCCUGACCCCCGUGGAGGAGCUAGAGGUGCGCGGGGAGAUGGCCCUGCAACCGGAGCACAUGGUGGGGGUCAAGGGGCUCCAGGAGCUGCCAGAGAUCACUGUCCACCUCCCAGCCUCCUUCAUCCAGAUCAAGGCAGAACCCACAGAGGUCUAGUAGACCAUAAGCUGACCUUUAUUGUCACGAGUCUUGUCCUGGAGGCAGAACUGAGUGAUUUCCACUAGAUGGUCCAGCUGAAAAGUCAAAAUUGUCUCUAUCGUAAAAAUUAAGAAAGACAAAAAUGAGCUUUUUGAUCUUAAUUUAGGGUUAGGCAUUAGGAUUAGCAGUGUGGUUAAGAUUAGGUUUUUUAUUUUACCUUUAUUUGAACAGGGAGUCACCAUUGAGACCAGGGUUUCUUUCACAAGGGAGCCAUGCACAUACUAUUCAUAAGACAAAAUUGAAUUGAAAUCAGAUACAAUGUAAAACAAACUAAAAUACAGCACAACACAAAUAUUCUUACAUUCAUUAGUAAGAAGUUUACCAAUUAGUAUUUGCAAUUGCCUGAGCGGCAGUACAACAUCCAAUUGUAAUGUAUUGUAAAAUUGGUUCCAGCAAUGAGGUGUAUUAAAACUAAAAGAGGAUUUACUUAGUUCUGUGGAGACCACAAGGAACCUCAAGAGUUUGGUAUCUCCUGAUUUUAUACUUUAUAUCAUGUUUUAUACUAACAACAACUAACAACGAAGUGAGAUAAGUUGGAAGCUUGUGUAGUAGAGCUUUGUAAACAAUACGGGAGUAAUGAAGUGAUAUAUGGGACGUUAAUGAGGACCAGACAACCUUUUGAUACAGGAUGCAGUGAUGAGAAAUAAAACUGUCACCUAUGGAGAACCAUCCAAUGGAUAACUGUAGUCCAUCAGGUUAAGGUUAGGUUUAAAAUCUGAUUUUACGACUUUGUGGCUGUUCCAGCUAGUGCCCACUCUGCAGAGCUGCCUCCAGGGCAAGAUUAAUGACAAUAAAUGCCAACCUGCUAAUAGGCCUGGACUCUCCAUCAAAGUUGGACUAUGAAAUCAACAUAAAGAAAGACUACCCAAAGGGCAAUUCCACCACUUUUCAACCUCAUUUUCAUUGUCUCCAGCACAAUACCAUUGUCUACAUAUGUGAAAAUGGCGCAUUUGUACGUUUUGUCGAAACAUAUAUAAAGUUAAAAAGUUCUACCCAACAUCAUCAAAAGUUAACACAUUUAGGACCUUUCUUCUUAUCUUUUUAACCACAGAUCAUAGAAACACGCUGUUUUCACAUAUGUAGACACUGGUAUGGUGCUGGAGAUAAUGAAUAUGAGGUUGAAAAAUGGUGCAAUUGCUUUUUAACAAAGUUUCCUUGUUCUUAUCCCGUUGAUAAUCUUAUUUUGAAAAGCGAUGGAUUUUUAAAUGUGGAGCGACAGAGACCAAACGUUGGCCCCCGCAGGAUGUUUUUGCUUACUCACUGUUGUGAUCCCGUGCCCAAAUUUCAACAUCAAGGGAUUGUUUUGUGAUGUGUUGUUGAAGGCUCCAUAGUUCGAAAGGCCCUCACUCGGAUCAAUCUACCUACCUACCUUGCUACUGUCAGUAAACCCGCCCCCUUCCCAAACCUGUCCCCGCCAGGAGAACAGCCAUUGGAUAACCAGGGAUCUACCCCACCACAUGUGCCAGUUAGAUUAGUAAAUGUUCUACCUACCAGUACAUCUCAUCAGACUUGUGUCAAUGCUAACAGACAAAAACAGCAAACCAAAAACAGGAGAUGGGAACUCGUGUGGGAGAAUGCAAUGAAAUCAGACUUGAUGAGCAGAAAAUGUGUCAUUUCUACAUGCCGUCUCCACUUUUUUUUUAAGGAAGAAUGACGGAAACGCACCUUACUGACCUUUAAUGGAAGAGUGCCUUAUACGUAAAGGUAAAACAGUUCAAACUCUUGACUGGAAAAGUCUGAGGGGGGGAAAAUGACGGUUCAGAUUGUUUUGACUCAAACGAUUGUGACUUAUCCGGAGUUUCCUCCAUAUCCCCCAUAUUAUAAGUUGUCGAUAAGGUGUGCUUUCCCCUCCAUUACUCAUCGCCUUACAGCAAUGUGUUACUAUGGAAAUGGGCAUUUCCUGUCCCCUUGGACAGUCCAAUCACAAACCUGUUUGUAUAUAGCUGCAGACUUGAUGCAGGGAGAGAGAGAGAGAGAGAGCGAGAGAAAAUACGGAGGAAAAAUAAAAUAGAUUUUACUAGCCUCCUAUCUUCCCAUUAAGGCCUUUAAUCCUGUUUAUAUGAAAUGGAAUAUAUAUAAAUAUAUAUAAAGUAAUAAUAUACUAUUGAGAUUCAAUUUAAGGCCACAAAUGUAUUUAUUUUGUGAAUUUCUAAAUUCUGUAUAAAAAGGCACAUUUGUUUGUUAUUUACAUAUGGAAAACACGAGGGAUAAUAUACAAAGUAUAUGAAAUCAAAUAACAGGAAGCUCAUUUGUCGGUGAAUUUUUUUUCCAAAAAGCUGAUAUGUUUUUUUUAAGCAUUCCUUAUAAUCAGCGCAGCAUUGAUGAUGAUACUUCCUCUGUUUUGGACUCAAAGUGGUUUGCCCCGACGCAAAUGAUGGUCUCUAUAAACAUCUCUGUCCUGUGUCAUUUAAACAUUGUGUUGUAUGUGCUUUGGUUCUUCUUCCCUUUGUACAGCGGACACAACCUCUAGCCUUAUUCAACAGUCAAGCAGUAGAGAUCAGUUGGAUAGAUUCACACACCCCUGUCCAGUUAAUUUGGUAAUUUGGUCUCAAUCAGGUCCUCUGUGACCUCUCCUAUUUUGUGACGCAAAUUGUGACUCAACACUGGUGUUUUCCUCCCUACUUCUAUGCAUUUACAAUUCUGGUGCUCCGCUCCUAGCUCUUGGUCUUUGGUCAGACUGGUGUCUGUGCUCUUUUUAUUGGGUGUCCCAGUUUUGUUAGGGACCUGAGACGUCAAGGUCUCUGAAUGGCCAUGAUAGCCUGCAGAUGCUAGUGUAAGUAAACCAAUAUUUAUCUUGAGCGCUACCAUGGCUAAAUUACUUGUAUUUUUUUCACUUGAGCUGGAGUGAGCAACAGACCAUCUGAACUCUUGCUCAGCAUCUGAGGACAAGCUUUAAUGCUAAUUUCAGGAGAAAUGGAGAGUCUGGGACGUGACUUCCGCUUUUGGACAUUAACACGGUGACACUCCAUCUUAACUCCUCCACAUUUACGGAUUUGUGUCAACAGUGCAGAAGAGAACCUCCCAUCAUUUUUUCCCUCCUCAACAGGUCCAGAAAGAAACGUCGCUCAGGCAUUUAUUUUACGCCUGCUUCAUUAGGUUAUGCUACUUUAGGUUAUGCUACUUUUUAGAACUUGUGCCCAGGCAUCAGUCUUAUGUCAACCAAAGGGCUCUCUGUGUUGACAAUCUGAAUGUUGUACAGUACAAAGUUAUGAAAAGUUGUGACAAUCAAUGCUCUCUAGGGUUACAAAAAGUACCAAAACAGUCUUUGGUGUUGAUAAUUGACUGCAAUGAACUCUGUGGGUGGGGUUGACUGGAUUUUCCUGCUUACAGACGCUUAUGUUGUAUAUACAGGUAUUUUCCUUUUUAAGCACUGUUGUAUGUGAGAUGUUGGCGUCUGUCCGCGCUGUCUGUCCGAUCAUUACGUUUUCCUUUGUCUUGGGUUUUCUGUGGUUUCCUCCUAUGCUGAAACUAGAUUAGAUUUUUUUUAAGAAAGAAUAUUUAGGCCCAGUGCAGUCAAAGCGUUAUUUUCCUGUGUUUUAUAUAUAUUUCCACACUAUGUGGUUGGAAUAAUACUGUGAAAUUUUGAAAAUGAUGAUAAUGCCCUUUUAGUGUAAGAGGUGUUUGAAAAGACCACCUGAAAUUUCUGCCUGUUAUGGUGGGAUAGAGUUUCGGCCUGCCUGAUAACAUCACCAGACAGUAAAUUAGUUAAUAGACCAAUAAGCAAGAGUUCCAAUCCUCUCUGCCAAUAACAGCUAGUUUUCAGUUUUCCCCUCCCCAUUCAGGACACUCCCAGACAGUCCUAUCAAAAUUAUUGCUUGAGAAAUUGCUCUUUGCUAAGAAUCUCUUUCUAUUUCUUUUUGACCAUUGUAAUUGAAAACAAUCCCAGUAAGGUACUUAAAUGUUACCCAGAAAUGAUUUGAUGUUGAGAUGAAAACGACUGCAAUGGACCUUUUUAAUAAUAAAACACAUUUUGCUUAUA